GCGCAUGCUCGCCGCAUCUUCUCCAUCCACACGUCGAGGGACUUGAAAAGCUCGGAUAAAGAUGCUCAGCGUCUCGGGUCGCUGCAGCCUUGUCACCGGGUGAAAACAGUUAAUCUAACAGCAGCUACGCAGAGGAACUAGAGUAGAGAAAAAAGAAACCAGGUACUUGUCUACCCACCCCAAUUCUGCCACUCCACACCAACAUGGAACUGAAGAAAUCUAUUUCGGACACCGAGCGCGCGUUGAGGAGCUACGGUGCCGUGUCGGAAACGGCGUGGACAACGGACAAAGGUCACUCAGAUGUGUCCAUGGCAGAGAGCACCAUGUCUCCAGAGGAGAUUGAGGUGGAGAUGGCUCGUAUCCAGCGCCUGCGGGAGGUGUUAGUGCGCCGGGAGUCAGAGCUGCGCUUCAUGAUGGAUGACAUUCAGCUCUGCAAAGACAUCAUGAGUUUAAAGCAGGAGCUGAGACAGAUUGUUGCAGUACCAGAGAAAGACAAAAACAAGAAGCACAGGCAGCGGGAAGAGGAACUGAUCCUGAAGAUCCAUAAACUGGUCCAGAAGAGGGAUUUCCUGGUCGAUGACGCAGAGGUGGAGAGAUUAAGGGAACAAGAGGAGGACAAGGAGAUGGCAGAGUUUCUCCGGCUGAAGCUGAUGCCACUGGAGAAGAAACUUAAAGUUACACAAAAUCCCCCAAAGCCCAAGAGACAAAUCCCAGAACCGCCUCCAAACAAACCAUCAAUCACCAAGUCAGGCGUGGCCAUCAUUAAGGACUGCUGCGGAGCCACCCAAUGUGUGGUCAUGUAACUGACCACUUCAUGACCCCACAGCACCAGAAACACAUAUACAUCACAUCACAUGGCACGCCCACUAGUUUCUGUGAUGCAGAGAACCCUGGGAAAUUACAGUUCACCACCUUUUAGCAUUCACCUACCACAAGCUUUGCUACAAAGUUUGGAGUAUUUUGACCUCUGUAAGUGAUGAACACUAGUCAUGUAUGUGUGGUUUCAGAGAGAAAUAGGGAAAUUGUAGAUUUAAAAAAAAAAAAAAAAAAAAAAAAGGUCAGCCGGAGUUGAUUAGAAGCAGACUUAUUCAUCCUUUCAUGUAAUGUUUCUUUGACAGGACAAUAAAAUAACUGCUACACUGUACAUAACAGAGUAUGUACAGAAAUACAAGCACAAUGUCCACAAAAACAAUUAAUACUAGGGUUCUCUGCUCUACAGGGAAAAAAAAACCCAUUUAAUUCUUCCAUUUACCACCUAGUGAACCUCGCACCUAAGAGAGACAACACAAAACAAUGAUGUUCGCAUCUGAUGACUGACGUGAAUGCUAAAAAAGUUAUAGGUGGUAGCCUGUGGAUGAUUUGAGCGGUUAUCGUCUAUGUAGCGUCCAGUGAGUUCCCAAAUGAACAGAUCCACUUCAGUGCUGACCACACAAACACUCCACUGCCAGGGUUGGCAAUUUCUCUGGACUUUUCAAAUUUUUCGCUAAGACGACAAAAUCCUCGUAUUAACAGAAUAUCCUUCAUAACUCAGUUUUCCAUAGAUAUUUUCUCUACAGAUUUAGUCACAUUUUAGCUAACACGUAAAAUAUUUUCCUAAGAUGGCCGCUGCGACUCACCCUGGACAUUAAACGCCACCUCAGCCAUCAACCCACAGACAAACCUGACUGUGGUCACGACAUAAUUCAGUGUUAUUAUGGAUAUCGCUGACAACUUGCAUCCUAUGAACUUAGUCUUGCGUUUUUAAUCAAACACCAAGAAAUGAAUGCAACCCUUGUAAAUGCCUACAGUGUACGUGUAUGUUUGAGUGUAUUUAGGACAUUAGUGACUCCUGUCGAGCAAAGUGUUACUCUUUAGUGUCACUUUACCUUCUUUCUGAUAACUUAGCUUUCUGUAGUAGUAGUAACUUUGAGGGUGUCGAAUCUUGAACAAUAUGCAGAAAAAUAAGCUGAAACUACCUGUACAUAUAUGUUUAAAUAAAUAAAGAGCAUCUUUCAGGAA